AUGGCGAUGCCCGAGGAGAAAAUGACGUGGGCACAGUCCCUGAAUCGCUGCUUCCGCCGAUGCGGACUCGGUGAGCAGCGCCUAACUACGCUGCUGUAUGGUGUGUUGAACGUGCUCGUCUUCUUCAUUGGCUUUGUCUCCAAUCUUAAUGGAGGCUUCCAGGGCUCUUGGGCAUAUCCGAGCCUUGGCAAGCAUGAACUUUGCAAUGCUGGUGCUGCCCACUUUGAAGAGCUUGCAAACGGCUACAAGGAUCCGAUCAACUUCCACAUUGUCAUCGCCGGCUUCACAUUUCUGGGGGCUGCCAUCCACAUUGGAGCUCACUGCGUGCACGCAUACUCCAUCAAAGUGGCCCCACUGAUGCAAUUGGACCCCCUGCACCUGUGGAAGCUGAGCGCCGAGGAGACGUUGCAGCCAUAG